UAAAUAGGUUGCUGCAGUCAUUGAAGAGGAGUUGAACUUUUGUUGUAAGCUGCUGUACGAUAGACUCGUUACUUUGUUACAUAUAAUUAAAUUUUAUUCUGUAUCUUGUAAGAAAAUGAAGCAACUGAUAGAUAGAAAAAUAUUAACGUUUAUUUUCCUGAUAUUUUUAUCCGGAUCCGUUUUAUCAGAGGAAUCGUGCACUACUAAAGACGAUAAACCAGGGACGUGUGUGGAAAUUGGUACGUGUCAAGAAGAUCGUCCUAUUGUCUGUUCGCAAGAAAAUGGUAAAGUGUACGUUUGUUGCUCAGCUAAACAGAAUAAGAACACUCCUCGACGUCAGCCCCAUCUUAAAGUUCGAGGUUGCGGUCGAAGAACUUUACAACUUAGUCCAAGAGUUCGAAGACAAGAUGAAAUGGAAAUGAGGAUAAUCGGUGAUGACGAAGGAGUAUCGAGAUAUACCUCCUUAUAUUCGUGGCCUUGGAUCGGUGGACUUUUUAAAAAAACGAAAGAAGAUGAAGCAUUAAUAUGCAGCGUUAAUAUAAUUAGUCCGGAUUACUUGCUUACUGCAGCGCAUUGUUUACAUGGACAAACGGAUAAUAAACUGUUCGUACGUCUUGGAAGCAGCAAUGUUAAAAAUGGAAAUCCGUACGAAGUGACAGACAUAAAAAUACACGAAAAUUUUAAUACCGAAACGUUUGAAAAUGAUAUAGCACUGUUGAGAGUUAAUUCAAGUUUGGAAUAUGUUCCAAUAUGUCUUCCUCAUCCGAGAUUCUCAAACUCUAAUUUGGAAAACCGAACUGGUGUAAUAUUAGGCUGGGGAGUAACCGGUUACGGUAAAAAUAGCAGUGAGAGAUUGAGAGAAGUGCAAAUACCGUUAAUGACCAACCAGAAAUGCAGGCAAAUGUACCAAAGCAGACGUAUUAAUAUAACUGAUAUGAUGAUGUGUGGUGGAGAAGAAGGAAAAGAUGCUUGCACGGGUGAUGGAGGAGGACCAUUAAUGAUGGAGAAGAAGGGAGGGAAAUGGUUUAUGAUGGGUUUAGUUUCAUUUGGAAUUGGUUGUGGUGAACGAAAUUACCCUGGCGUGUAUACAAGAGUAUCUAAAUAUCUUCACUGGAUAAAAGAAAAUACAGAUAUUGGAGACAGAAGGGAAACUUUAUCUUAGAAAAUAUGUUUAUUAAGUAUUAUUUAAACUGAAACAAUAAACUUA